AUGUGUUCCGCCACCACCAUAUUCAAUCCAGAAGUAGGUCCACAGUUCGUCCGCCAUUUUGUGCCCUGGGAGUCUGUGGAAGUUCACUGUGUUUUCUCCACCACUCUGGAACAGGUGACAGUUUGUGCUUCAGGUAUGAAAGUGGUCAGGGAUUCAACUUUCACCCACAAAGCAGUGUUUGCGAUCUUAAAUGCUGAGAGGGAGGGGGAGGGGUCCAGAGCAGAUCCAGUUCCAUGUGAAAGUGAAAGUAUUCAGAGUUCAGACUCCAUUUUCACAGAUGAACAGAAGGCGUCUGGUUCAGGACUGACUGAAGUUCACAGUAUGAGUCUGAGUGUGGAUGAAGAGGAGGAUGGAGCAGAGUUAUCCCAUUAUACAAACAGGGGAUUGUCCAUAAAGGAACCUCCAGGGGACAGUAAUGAACCAGGACCCUCUGAUCCACAAGGUCAGUAUAACAGACCCAGAGCAGAGUCUCCAGUGUCCACAUGUCUGUCCAUGAAGACUGACUGGUCCAGGGAAAAUCCUCCAAAGUUUAGUCCUGAACCUGGACCUUCAGACACAAAAGGUCAGUAUAACAGACCCAGAGCAGAGUCUCCAGUGUCCACAUGUCUGUCCAUGAAGACUGACUGGUCCAGGGAAAAUCCUCCAAAGUUUAGUCCUGAACCUGGACCUUCAGACACAGAAGAGACGGAGAGGACUCAUGUUCCUGAGGUGGACCCACCGUCCUGUUCUUUGUGUCAGAAGGUCCAGAGUGAUCCAGUCCGGACCAGCUGUGGACACUGGUUCUGCAGACAGUGCAUCACUUCAUACUGGGACCAGUCUGGUUCAUCAGGAGACUCCUCCUGUCCCCAGUGUGAAGAAACAUCCAGAACAAGAGCUGACCUGCAGAUCCACAGCACUGUCCAAAUUGAACAUAAACUCAGUCUGAGGAGCAGAUGUGAAUGUGUGACUGAAGGAACUGAUGAAACAGGAAGUAGAACCCGUCUAAACCAGAUCUACACUGAGCUGUACAUCACAGAGGGACAGAGUGAAGACGUUAAUACCCAACAUGAGGUGAGGACGCUGGAGACAGUUUCCAAGAAGAUCAUCCAAGAAAGUCCAAUCAGGUGUCAGGACAUCUUCAAAGCCUUACCCGACCAGCAGAAACCCAUCAGAGUGGUUCUGACCAACGGCGUGGCUGGAGUUGGAAAAACCUUCUCGGUGCUGAAGUUCACUCUGGACUGGGCAGAGGGUUUAGAAAACCAGGACGUCAGUCUGGUGGUUCUGCUUUCCUUCAGAGAGCUGAACCUGGUCAGAGAUGAGCAGUACAGUCUGCUGACGCUGCUCCAUGUUUUCCAUCCAACAUUACAGAAGGUCACAGCAGAGCAGAUCACUGUCUGCAAACUUGUGUUCAUCUUGGACGGCCUGGAUGAAAGCAGACUUUCACUGGAUUUCCACAACUGUGAGGUUGUUUCAGACGUCACUCAGAAGUCAUCAGUCAAUGUACUGUUGACCAACCUCAUCAAGAGGAACCUGCUUCCAUCAGCUCUCAUCUGGAUAACAUCUAGACCUGCAGCAGCCAAUCAGAUCCCUCCCUCAUGUGUGGACAGGGUAACAGAGGUCCGAGGCUUCACCACUGAUGACCAGAAGGAGGAGUACUUCAAGAAGAGAUCCACUGAUGAAGAUCUGUCCAACAAAAUGAUCUCACACAUCAAGACAUCCAGGAGCCUCCACAUCAUGUGUCAAAUCCCAGUCUUCUGCUGGAUCAGUUCUACAGUUCUGGAGCACAUGUUGACUUCAGAGCAGAGAGAAGAGCUGCCCAAGACCCUGACAGACCUGUACUCACACUUCAUUAUGGUCCAGACAGAGAGGAAGAAGAACAAGUACAAAAAAGGACAUGAAACAAGUUUAGAAGAGAUGACAAAGGCAGACAGAAAAGUCCUUCUGAAGUUGGGGAGGCUGGCGUUUGAACAACUGGAGAAAAGAAACAUGAUGUUCUACCAAGAAGACCUGGAUCAGUGUGGUCUGGACGCCACAGAGGCCUUGGUGUACUCAGGAGUUUGUACAGAGAUCUUCAAAAGAGAGACUGUGAUCUUCCAGAAAACAGUCUACUGCUUUGUUCAUCUGAGUGUUCAGGAGUUUCUGGCUGCAGUCUACAUCUACCACUGUUACACCAGCAACAAGACAGAAGUGCUGAAGAGGUUUCUGGGUGUGUCACUUUACAUGAAAAUGUUCAGGUAUUUCACAGUCAGUGACAGCCUGGAUGUUUUCCUCAGAAAAACCAUGAAAAAAUCCCUUCAGAGUGAGAACGGACACCUGGAUCUGUUUGUUCGCUUCCUUCAUGGCCUCUGUCUGGAGUCCAACUACAGACUUUUAGGAGGUCUGCUGGGUCAAAAAGAGAACAGUCCAGAGAGCAUCCAUAAAGUCAUCAAGAACCUGAAGGAGAUGAACACUGAGGACAUGUGUCCUGACAGAAGCAUCAACAUCUUCCACUGUCUGACAGAGAUGAAGGACCAAACAGUCCAUCAGGAGAUCCAAGAUUUUCUGAAGUCAAAGAGCAGAUCAAAGAAGAAACUGUCUGAGAUCCAGUGUUCAGCUCUGGCCUACAUGUUGCAGAUGUCAGAGGAGGUUCUGGAUGAGCUGGACCUGAAGGAGUACAACACAUCAGAUGAAGGAAGACGGAGACUGAUCCCAGCUGUGAGGAACUGCAGAAAGGCUGAACUUUCUAACUGUGGACUCUCAGAGACUCACUGUGAAGUUGUGGCCUCAGCUCUGAAGUCUAAUCCUUCACAUCUGAGAUUGUUGGAUCUGAGUCACAACAACCUACAAGAUUCAGGAGUGAAACUGGCGUCUGGACUGAAGAGUCCAAACUGCAGACUGAAAACUCUGAGCUGUGUCACACAGACCACAUGUGCCGUUACCAUGACAAUGAGUACUGCAGGCAAUGAGGACACAGACACACGCAUGCUCAUCUAUGACUAA